GCGACUACCUGUUUGGCUUGUCUACCUGACAUCGACCAUAAUAGUACCAUCAAACCCAUCGCGCAUGUUUGACACAAGUCGUUCUACCACAAACGGGAAAAUGAUGGAAAAAGGGUGAAUUUUCACCACCUUAACGAUGCGAAGUGAAGGACCAAAAAGUCCAGAAAUGAUUGACCAGUUUAAAUCCAUUUCGAACGAUUUUUCUGAGUGAAAACCGUAGAUAGAGUGGAAGGAAAACGUUGUUGUUUCUCGUGAAUUGUGAUAGGAAACUGUGAAAUUUGUUUUAGUUUUUCGUCUUAAGUUUGGAGUUUGUGUCGUUUGAAAAAUGAAGUUUUUGCUACUUUCUCUAACCUGGAUUUUGGUGCAAGUUCGAGGACAAAUUGAGAAUACACCGCCAACAGUUUAUCUGGAGAGGAAUUGGAAGAUUUAUGACACGGAACCAGUGGGUACCAGGAUAGCAGAGGCUCAUGGCAGUGACCUAGACGGUGACACCCUCAGCUACGGCAUCACUCCAAUCGUUUACGAUGAGACCUUACCAGUGAAGAACCUACCCUUUGUCAUCAACGAGACGACGGGGGUGGUGUAUCUCAACGAGAGCCUCAAGGGAAGGGCUGGUGAAGACAUCCACCUAUGGGUCACGGUUUUCGACGGAACUCUCGAAGCCAAAGCAGAAGUAUACGUGAACAUCCUAAGCUCCUCCUCACCCUCCCAGAAGAGAAAGAACAAUUUCGGCGGAGGGGGUAAUGGAAGACCCCCAUCCUUCCCUUCCCUCCCAAACUUCCCCCCACACUUCCAGGGGUCCAUCAUAAAUCCACCACCGUCAAUAUCUAACAAUCCGAGACCGCUUCCCAAACAUCCGUACUUCCAAAAAACCACCUACACGCAGCCUAAACCAUCGUUGAAACGGCCUGGUUCAGGUGGUGACAGCAACAACAGUAAGACGUACUUGAGGCCCAUCACUUCGAGCACAACCACAAGUAGCUCUACCACAACAACUACUACUAGGACUACGUCCUAUCCAACUGGAGUUAGGAAGAAGGUAGAACUGGAGGGUGUUGAGCUGUCCAAUGAUGUUGAAACGAAAGGCAAGGCAGUGAAGACGGUACCAGAUGUUAAGAUGAACAUCAUUCCAGUACUGGCCGUUUGUGGUGUUUUUCUAGUUGUGGCUUUCACAGCUGUCCUGUUCCGCAGAAGAUUGAAUCUGGGGAAAUCGGAUGAAAAGGAUGACAUGAGGAAAGAUUCUUCAGGAGGUACUAUUGUUCUUCAAGAAGAUCCCGGACAUGCCAUGCAAAAUUGGAGAGGUCCUAGAGCUUUUAGUAACAGAUACGAGCCUUGGGAUCGAGACACAAAUCAUAAUCAGACUUCUGAACAGCUGAGUACGCCUAUCAACAAACCUGACAGAUGGGAAUUUCCCAGGCACAGAUUGAAAUUCUUCAACAUUUUGGGGGAAGGAGCUUUCGGGCAAGUUUGGAAGUGCGAAGCCAUCGAUUUGGACGAUAAAGAAAAGGUGUCUGUAGUAGCAGUCAAGACCCUCAAAGAGAACGCCAACGAGAAAGAACGCUCCGAUCUGGCCUCGGAGCUGCAGGUGAUGAAGAUGCUGGAACCCCAUCCUAACGUUAUCAGGCUACUCGGAUGCUGCACAGACAAAGAGCCCAUUCUGCUCAUUAUGGAAUACGUGAGCAGGGGCAAGCUGCAGAGCUAUUUGAGGAACUCGAGGGCCGAGAGAUAUUACAAUAACAUGCAUGGACAGAGCAAAUCGCUGACUUCCAGGGAUUUGACUUCGUUCCUGUAUCAGGUCGCUAAGGGUAUGGAUUAUCUGUCUGCAAAUGGGAUAAUCCACAGGGACCUGGCGGCGAGGAACGUCCUGAUCACGGAGGAUCAAGUCUGCAAAGUGGCGGACUUCGGAUUCGCUCGAGACGUGAUCGCCUCCCACGUCUACGAGAGAAAGAGCGAGGGGCGGCUGCCCAUCCGGUGGAUGGCCCCGGAAUCGCUCUACGACAACAUUUUCUCCGUUAAAUCCGACGUGUGGAGUUUCGGAAUACUGAUGUGGGAGGUGGUGACGCUGGGCAGCACGCCGUACCCUGGGAUGAGCGCCUCGGACGUCAUGAAGAAGGUCAGAGAUGGUUAUCGACUGGACAAGCCUGAGCAUUGUAGGAGGGAGCUGUACAACAUAAUGUAUUACUGUUGGGACAAGGAUCCUAAACAAAGGCCAAACUUCGGCGAAUGCGUGGGUCUGCUAGAGAAGCUGCUAAUGACGGAAACAGACUACAUUGAACUGGAGAGAUUCCCUGACCACUCUUAUUACAACAUGGUCAGUUUGAGCGGUGAAAAGUUAUGAACUCUAUUUUCCGAUCUGCAUCUGGUGAGUUCGGUAUGGAAGAGAUCGAAGUAAAGACUGAAGUGAUUUGUAUCAUAAAAUCGGUGCUACGUUAAGCGUGCAGCCGUUUUGAGAACUUUGGAAAUUGUGUCCACUUAUAUAAAACAUUUUAUUUCACUGCCCAAACGUUCUGAGGUAAAAACUGUGUUAUCUUUCGAAUGGAAACUGACUCUAGGGUGUGGAGAAAUAACUGUUUGAAAGAAAUUGCUGUAAAUUCUUUGUUAUUGUAAGUUUCAACAUGUCUCAAGCUUUUGUUGAAACUUUUCUCUUCAAUCUUCUUAUUGGAGUAUAAUAAUGGGGAAAUAUAGGAGGCCUUAGCAGCUGUUGUGAAAUUUUAAAAGGUGUUGUAAUCUUCUUGUAGUCAGGGAAAUAUUCAUUGAGAAACAUACGUGAUAUUAUCGCUCUAGAAGAUGCCAGAGAGUAUGUUUUACCGAUCAAAAAUGAUGAUUUUAACCCCAAGAAAGUUUAGAAGAGUGUCACUUAAUUUCUGAGUCAUUGAGGUAUGAAAUUGGUCCAUUAAAUCUUGCUGGAUGACACUUAUAUCUCGAGUAUUCACUGUGAAACAGUUUGACUCUUCUGGAUUCGAAUGAAAAAUGGAAACGAUGCCAAAAAUUUAACCUUGGAUCAUAUUGUACAUACGUUUAUUAUAGUUUUUGAGUAUUGUGUUCUCAACUUGAGUAUUUUAUUCCAUUUAAUAAAUUAUUAAAAGAUGCGGAAGUUGUUUUGUUUUAUCGAUCAUUUUUUCUUUAAUUUCCACUUAUAACCAAUGUAUGGAUUGAUAUUUAUCGUAAAAUUAUAUACUUUGAGAAGUUG